AAGGUUUGGAUACCCUAUUGAUGCCCCCCAAAAGCACCCACCAUCCCCCUCCUCGUUUCCCUUUAUCCCUCAAUUUCAUCCUUUAGUUCUACCCCUUUUUCCUUAUCGUUCUUUACAAACCUCUCUCCGUCACAGUCCUGAGGGAACGCUGCACUUGGAAUCUGUAUAUCCUCUUAGUUCCGUGGGUGCUGUGUGUACCAUAAUCCAGGAUUUAUUUCUGUAAGCAAACAGCCAUGCAAAGGCGGAAUCUGCUCUUCAUCCUUUCCCACCUCUUCCUCCUCCUGUCUUUUUCCGAGGCAAAAAAGAAGUCCAAGCCGGCAUUAGAUGCAGUGACCGGGCCAGAUAGCACAGCAGUUAAAGCCUUUAUGGGGUCGGGUCAGCUAAGCACUAAAGAUGGGCAUCGCUGUACCUGGGAGACGCUGGAGAGAGGCACUAAUAUCAUUCUACAGGUGAGGUGCUCCGUCACCGGGGAGGAGGGGCUUAGUUCUCCGUACACGUGCGAGUUUGCCGGGAAACCUCAGGAGUGUUCAGUGUACAACAGCCAGUCAUCCCAGUACUGGAAACAGGUGGUGAGCAAACUUAAGAAACGGAAGAACGCUUGUGAGGGGGAGAAGGUUUUGAAAACUCGUCUAUGUAAGAAAGCGCCAAGUGCGUCCCACAUGAAGCUCACGGAAAGAAGCGGAGAGCAAACUACCACUCCCAUGAGCGAGGGGGUGAAGGGUGAGAGCAAACGGAAAACAGAAGUACCUGCAAGGAAAAGCAAAGACACAAAGAAAGAAAAGGAACGGGAGGUGAAAAAAGAGGAGGACAAAAGGUUUGGAGACAUUGUAGAUGAUGAAUACCAAGACACGGAGCCUGACGUCAGCUACUGUGGAGAGGGAUGGAGUUCAGUCUGCAACUUCUUUGUCAAGUUUUUUAAUGGUUAAAGUCCUCACAAUUGAUAUUUUUUUGUCUUUCAUAUGUUAGCCUUAAGGAUAUCUAUAAACUAGAGUGCUCCAAAACAUUCACAAAAUAUAUGUUUUACAAAUAGAAGCAUUCAAAACAUACAGUCUCUCACUUACACCAAUACGGAUCAACAAUUUUUACACCAUGACAUAAUUUCAUCAGACUUUGAGGUAAACGAAAGGCUAUUGGCUAUAUUAAAAAGAGGAAGGAGCCACUCAAUAUGCCCCGCCGUAUCUUACUAUUUAUUUGGAAACUGCAUCAACUCACCGAACAAAGUUGCGCAUCUGAAGCACUAACAAAAGUAUAUAGUUUCUUUUGGACAGACCUUGAGGUGGAUAAAAGCAAACAAUGUUGAUGCAUGGUUUCAACAAUGUCAUGCAUCUUCAAAUUAAGCUUAUCAGUUCAGUCUGUUGCCUGUCGACACAAUGCAAAGCAGUCCAGUUGUAAAGAUAAAGACAAAUUGUUUAUUUUGUAAUAUCUAAAAAGAACACUAAUCACAUUGGUUAUUUUCCUAUGAUCUGUUACUUGUCUGUAUAUUGUCACUGAUAAAGUGUGAUUUAUGUUUUUGAAGAUAUGAAUAAUCCUUUACCAAACUUUUGUAUUUUACAAAUAAAAAAAGUGUUGUAUAUGAUUUUAUCAGAAACAAUAAUCCUCAGAUCAAUAAAGGAAAACAUAUCAACCAUUA